GCUAACCUAGAAAAUCGCUCUAGACUACACAAUUGUCUUAGAUACAAAGACGGCUAUGUAGCUGGCUAGCUACGAUCAAACAAAUCAAACCGUUGUACUGUAAUGAAGUGAAAUGAAAAUGUGAUACUACCUGUGGAACGACGCGGAAUGUUGACCGGGUAGUUGGAGUUCAAUUCGGUAGAGGUUGGCUAGCUGUUGGCUAGCUAGCUAGCAGCAUUUCCUACGUUAAGGACGACAAAUAGCUGGCUAGCUAACCUCGGUAAAUUAAGAUAAUCACUCUAAGUCUACACACUCUAAACUGCACAAUUAUCUUGGAUACGAAGACAACUAUGUAGCUAGCUGACACUACGCUAAUCGAGUCGUUCAGUUGAGUGUAAUAGUUACUACAGUGCUAGUGGACAGUGGAUGUUAGCUAGCUGCUUAGCUGCUUAGCUAGCUGCUUAGCUAGCUGCUGGGCAGAUACGUUAGGACGACGAAAUACGAUAAUUAUGCAAUUGUCGUUGAUACAAGGACGGCUAUGUAGCUGGCUAAGAAGAAAUUGCUAAGAUUAGACAAAUCAAACCGUUGUACUAUAACGAUAUGUAAUGAAAAGUUAUAAAAAGUUAUACUACCUGCGGACCGAAGUGUAGAUGCUGUUACAUACACCAGUCAGAGUAUCUGUACCUUGAAGGGGUCAUCAGUGAAUCUGUUCUGCUCUUACACAUAUCCCAGUGGUUAUACAGUCACAACAACCUUCUGGUUCACUAAAUGGGGGACUGGUAUAGAACCUGAAGAUCUAGGUCAGAACCCAGAGUAUGCAGGUCGUCUGGAGUAUCAUGGGGAUAAGAAGAAAGACUGUACCCUGAGAAUCACAGACCUGAGAGAGAGAGACUCAGCUACGUACAAGUUCAGAUUUAUAACAGAUCAGACCGGAGGGAAAUAUUCUGGAAGUCCUGGAGUCACUCUGUCUGUAACAGCUCUGCAGGUGAAGGUGACUACUGCUGCAAAGGGACAGAAGACACUCACCUGUAGCACCACCUGUACUCUGACUGGCAACCCCACCUACAUCUGGUACAAGAACGGACAACAUCAACACGAGAGAACCUUCCCCCAGUACAAAUACUCAGUCUACAGUAACAGUAAAGACAGCUACUCCUGUGCUGUAAAAGGCCAUGAGGAUCUCCCCUCUCCUGCAGUGUGUGUUCAGGGUCAGAGCUGCUACAGAGUGACUUACACCAAGAGGAGAAUCUGUGUCUUGAAGGGGUCAACAGUGGACAUAUCCUGUACUUAUGUUAGUUAUUAUUCCACCACAUCAUCAUUCUGGUUUAGAAGUGAUAAGUCGACCCCUGAAGACCUAACCACUGACCCAGGGUAUGCAGGUCGUGUGGAGUACACUGGAACAUACAGAGGUCCCUCCCUGAGAAUCACAGAUCUGAGAGAGGACGACUCAGCUGAGUAUCGCUUCACUUUUAAAACACACAACUUUGAAUGGGGUCAUAGUUUCCCAGGAACAACUCUGUCUGUCACAGGUAAUACUACACUGUAUGAUGCAACUGUAAAUCAUAAUGAAUUACAGGAUAAAUACAUUGACCAUCCUGUUGACACAGAGGUGUAUGUGGUUUUAUACAUAUUGUUUCAGGUCUGCAGGUGAAGGUGACUCCUGCUGCAGAGGGACAGAAGACACUGACCUGUAGCACCACCUGUACUCUGACUGACAACCCCACCUACAUCUGGUACAAGAACGGACAACGUGUAGAUGAGCCCACUUCCCAACAACACUCCAGUAAUAUGCUGGUGGUCUGGGAUUCUACUGUGGACAUUUACUCCUGUGUUGUUGAAGGUCACGCGGCUCUCCACUCUCCUGUAGUCUGUGUUCAGGUGAAGGUGACUCCUGAACAGUUUUCAGAGUAUAAGACACUGACCUGUAUCACCACCUGUGUUCUGACUGGUAACCCCACCUACAUCUGGUACAAGAACGGACAGAUAGUAACUGACAACACUUCUCCCUAUUCAGUCCUCCCUGAUGCUGCAGACAGCUACUCCUGUGCUGUAAAAGGCCAUGAGGGUCUCCUCUCUCCUGCAGUGUGUGUUCAGGGUCAGAGCUGCUACAGAGUGACUUACACCAAGAGGAGAAUCUGUGUCUUAAAGGGGUCAACAGUGGACAUAUCCUGUACUGUUGGUUAUUAUUACACCACAUCAUCAUUCUGGUUUAGAAGUGAUAAGUCGACCCCUGAAGACCUAACCACUGACCCAGGGUAUGCACGUCGUGUGAAGUGCACUGGAACAUACAGAGGUCCCUUCACCCUGAGAAUCACAGAUCUGAGAGAGGAGGACUCAGCUGAGUAUCGCUUCACUUUUAAAACACAAAACAUUGACUGGGGUCAUAGUUUCCCAGGAACAACUCUGUCUGUCACAGGUCUGCAGGUGAAGGUGACUCCUGCUGCAGAGGGACAGAAGACACUGACCUGUAGCACCACCUGUACUCUGACUGACAACCCCACCUACAUCUGGUACAAGAACGGACAGAAUGUACAAGGUGUCUCCUCCCCCAUGUACUCCAUCAGCAGUGAGGAUGCAGACAGCUACUUCUGUGCUGUAAAAGGCCGUCUCAGCUCUCCUGCAGUGUAUAAACCAAAGACCUCAGUGUCAGUCAGUCCCUCUGGUGAAAUAGUGGAGGGCAGUUCAGUGACUCUGACCUGCAGCAGUGAUGCCAACCCACCUGUCAAGAGUUACACCUGGUACAAGAAGAACGGAGGUGACUAUCAGAGUAUGACAGGACCACAGCAUGUCUUCAGUCACAUCCAGUCAUCUGACAGUGGAGAGUACUACUGUGAGUCCCAGAAUGAGAUGGGGACAGACAGGUCUGGGACCAUCAACAUGGAUGUGAAAUAUAAACCAAAGAACCCCUCAGUGUCAGUCAGUCCCUCUGGUGAAAUAGUGGAGGGCAGUUCAGUGACUCUGACCUGCAGCAGUGAUGCCAACCCACCUGUGGACAAAUACACCUGGUACAAGAAGAACGUAACCUCACCAAAAGCAUCAGGACAGAGUUACAGCAUCACUAACAUCAUCUCUGAGGACAGAGGAGAAUAUUACUGUGAGGCUGAGAAUAAAGGAUGGAAUAACUCAAUUCUUGAUGUGUUUGUGGACGUUCUGUGUAAGUUACCUCAUCUUUAA